AUGUAUGGUCAUAUUAGGAGAAAUAGGAUAAGAUAUGAAGAUAUCCGAGGCAAGGUGGGAGUGACCUCUGCGGAAGAUAAGAUGCGAUUAAGCGAGAUUGAGAUGGUCCCGGCAUGUGCAGAGGAGAUACGCGAAUGCACCAAUGGCAACUUUAAUGAUGGAGAAGAUCAUAGUGACGAUGCUGCUGCUGCUGCAGCUGAUGAUAAUGAUGAUGAUGACGACCAUUAUUUAAAGGAAGAGGGAGAAGGUGGAGAUGAUAGGAAAAUGUCUAAUGAGUUUAAUGAAAAAGAUCUAGUAAUAGGUCCAAUUACUAGAAUGCGGUUUAAUAAUAAGGAUGUUAUGUUUGAUUUUUACAAAGAAUAUGCAAGAUUAUCAGGGUUUUGUAUUGUCAAAAAAAUAUCAAACAAAAAAGGUGGUGAUAUUGUAAGGCAAGUGCAAUAUGGUUGUGAUAGGUCUACGAAACCAAGGAACAAGUAUGUUACCAAGAGGAGGAACUGUCGUGCUAGAAUAAAUGGAAUUUUGGAGGAGAAUGGUUCAUGGCGUAUUUCAAAAGUGGUUAAAAAGCAUAAUCAUCAAUUGGAACCAGCACUAUCGUGA